UUUCUGUUUUGCAAAAUGUGCGAAAAAUAUUUACCAGCGAAAAUUCGUAAAAUCUCGGAGAAUUUUUCUAUCGAGACUAUCGAUAGGCCUGUCCGAGUGUACAUGAGGAAUUUUGCCGGUGGAACUAUGGGGCAAGAUCAAAAUGGAAAUUCCGUUCUUCCGAUCGGAUCCAAAACUUAUAUAUCUAAGUGCUAUUUCCAAUCAAAGGCAAUCCCAAUCAAAUAUUCAGAGACGGUGAUUGUUAAGCUAGGGUCCAGGAAAAAGAAAUACUUCGAGAGUGUAUACUGUCAGACAAAAGCAGUUCCGUAUCGCUGGAGUGAAACGAUGCUAGCACAGAUGGGUGGAGAGGUCCACAAAUCCGAGAUGGUCGUCCGUAGGGAAGAAGAAUGCCAUUACAUCGCACUACCUCAGGACAAUCUUGAUAAUAUUGCCAGCAUUGAAGCAAAGGAAAACCUAAUAUAAUAGAAUUCAUUUCAUUAAUCAUACAAAAUACAUUUAGGGUUACAAUAUAUGUGUAUGUAUGUAUAUUAUAAUAUAUUUGUUUGUGAAUUGGAAACAAAUAAAGUGGAAUUUUUGUCCGAUUAUGGAUCGGAGAGCGCAAUAAAUGUAUGAAA